AUGCUCCAGCAGCCUGCCCUGAGAAUGGCAGAAUCGGGCGGGGGAAUGUGGGAAGAUGCUAGCAGGGGUGGGGAACACCUCUUGAGCAGCCUCGAGGCCACGGAUUGCCAGCAGAGGCUCUGUGAAAGCAGGUCAUGGCGGCCAUGCAUACCUAAAGGAGUGGCUCUGGUGGGCUGGACUACUAUCCAGAGUUGCUUCCCCAGACGAUGGCAGGACCGGUGGUCUGGGAAGUGCUGCCACUCCCAGGGCUCCCGUGCCCAUCCGCCUGUUGGUGGCCAUUGGUCAGCAUUUGUUGCUGGUGGUAAUGAGGAAGUGGGAGUCGGAGAAGCUGCCAACUUUGCUGCCUAUGCUUUUGCCCCAGCCACACUAGUAACACCCCUGUGUGCACUAAGUGUGUUAGUGAGUUCCAUUUUGUCCUCUUACUUCUUGAAUGAAAAGUUGAACAUUCAUGGGAAGAUUGGUUGUGUACUAAGUAUUCUGGCCUCAACCAUGAUGGUGAUCCAUGGCCCCCAGGAGCAGAUGAUCUUCACCUUGGCAGAGAUGUCUGAGAAGCUGAGAAGUCCAGGAUUCAUUGGAUUUGCCAUAUGUGUGCUGGCCAGUUCCACUGCCCUCAUCUUUGUGGUAGGACCUCAAUAUGGCCAUAGUAACGUCCUGGUGUACGUUCUGAUCUGCUCCUCAAUUGGUUCCCUUUCUGUGUCCUGCGGCAAGGGUUUGGGCAUCUCCCUGAAGGAGCUGUUUUCAGGGAAGUCUGUCCUGAAGGAACCCCUUGGUUGGGUGCUGCUGUUUUGUCUGGUGGUUUGUAUAAGCAUUCAGAUCAACUAUCUGAACCGGGCUUUGGACAUUUUCAAUGCCUCGCUAGUCACUCCCAUCUAUUAUGUCCUUUUCAGCACAGCUGUCAUGACUUGCUCUGCCAUUCUUUUUAAGGAAUGGCAACAUAUGGUCCUAGACAGUAUCAUUGGCACAGUCAGCGGUUUCCUAACCAUAGUUUUUGGCAUUUUCCCUCUUCAUGCCUUUCGGGAUAUCCCUUUUUCUCCUGACCUGAUAUAUUCUUCUCUGAGGUCAAGUUGAGGUAAUUCCCAUGCUCCUCCCUGGAGGAAAAACAAAAGGCAAAAUCAGCCUCUUCUAGAUGGACGUGAUCCCAACAAAGAGUUCCACAACAUUGAGGUCGAAGAGGUUGAAAAUCUGUGAAUGAUCUUGGGCAGAACACUCUCUGUUUCUGUUGGGUAAGGUGGCCUUUGUACUUUUACUUAAGAUCUGCCCGGGCCCCUGACAUCCAGCCAGAGCAGAUCAGGAGCAAAUUAAUACCUAACUAGUAAGCAGUGGGACAGCAGAACCUUCCCAACUGCCAUGUUGUUGCUAAAGUCUCAUUUGCUUCACUAAGACAUGCUGCUAGAUGUAUAUGUGGAUGUAUAUGUACGCUGGUGAAGUAUUUGUGAAAAGAACCAUCUGUCUCUCAUCACUAGUUCAUACAGAAACCCAAAAGCACUGAUGUUAGUCUGAUUUACUUGUUACAGUUUGAGAAUUCGAAUGUUUUAAGUGUUCAGUGAAUGCUAGGGUUUUUAAAAAUGUUUUUAAAGGUGUUUUUUGUGUCACUUUUAGUGCUAACUGAAUCCUGACCAUCCUGAAAUUUGUAUCUAGGACUUGAGUAUAAUUACUGAUAACUGCUGGCUGCUACCACCUGCCUGGUAAGAAAGCUGAGACUGAGAUUGAUGAAUCCAGGGUCACACAGACACUAAGGUCACACAGAUGCAGCCUUUGAUGAUUCCGUUUCUCAAGAAGGGCAGCAAGGUGACACUGAAGUGGAUAGAGUGGAUGGGGCUAGAGUCUGGAAUACUC